GGAGUGCAGCAGGUGUUGGGGAGUUACAUUUCAUGAACUCCAAUAUGUACUGUGAAAUACUGACGUUCAGACAUGAUAAUGACCCCAAACACACCUCUAAGAUGACCACUGCUUUACUGAAGAGGCUGCAGGUACAGCUGAUGGACUGAGCAAGCAUGUCUCCAGACCUAAACCCAAUAGAACGCCUUUGGGACGUCCUCAAGCGGAAGGAGGAGGAGCGCAUUUUCUGUAACACUUUAUUUGAUGGGGUGUACAUAAGACUGACAUGACACUGUCAUAAACGUGACACAACACCUGUCAUGUUCAUGAAUGUUUACGUCUGUUUUCAUCAAGUGUCUUUCUGUAAAUAAUUACACUUUUAAUGCAAAGUUGACAAUUUUAAUAGACCUUUAAUGCCAGUUUUAAUUAAACGUUGCAUUAAAAGUGCUGUUAUUUACCAAACAAAGCAAAGUUGACACUUUUAAUGCAACUUUUCAGGCAUUACGUCACGAUGAACGUAGCUUCAUGGUAAGUCAGUUUUGCAUAUAUAUCUCUACUAUCUAUCGUAAAUAGUAGUGCGACCUAUUUAGGAUAUUUCGCACAAAGAGUGAAUUCACUAAAUGUUGACUUAGAAAUUUGAUCUGAUGACCAAUAAACAAAUUGCUUCCAUCCCAUGGCAGACAAAAUGCAAAUGUCGAGCUGCUGAACCUACAAGUCUGACCUUGAACCUGUGACUGUGAUAAUAAGUAACAGAAGCAGUUCAGAAAGCGACCAAUAAAUGAGGCUUAUUGUGGACAAGUGGACAACAGCUCAGUUAGAAAUCUCCAGCCAACAUUACGGAAGCAAAAUAUAACCUGCUCUGACAGAUAUUAUUUUAUUCCCUAUUUUUUACUUCUUUUUUGUUUUUUACAGAAGGAGGACAAAUCUGCACAAACCGUCAUUCCUACUUUGAUUCUUUUGUUUAGUGUACUUUCAGACAUGCUGCGGUGUCUGUUGCUCAUCGGUUUGAUUGGGAGGCUGAGGGUGUCCCAGCAGACGACAGCUCAGCGUGACACUCAAACUUUAGAUCUAACAAACUCCAAAUCCUCUCAGUCUUCAAUUUACUUCUCUGACGAAUACAGCUCUGCCAAAGCCAUCGAUGGAAAUCGGUCAUCAUGUUCAAACACUGAAGAAUUGCCUGAUUCCUGGUGGAGCGUUGAUCUACAGGGUGUUUACAACAUUUCCUGCAUCUCAAUAUACAAUAAAAACGCUGACCAUUCUGAUUUAGUUGGGGUGAAGAUCUACAUUGGGAACUUUCCUCAGAACAACAGCGUCAACAACAAGCUGGUUUAUAACAUCACCAACUUCACAGUCGACCAAAACAAUCUCUACUCGUUUGGUCCAGCGCUGGGGCGUUAUGUCACCAUCAUGCCAAAAACGCCUUUGGUACUCUGUGAAGUGAACAUCACAGGCAAUAAGAUAGUAUCCCCCUUUAAAUUGAUUGACCAAAACAAGACCUGGGAAGAAGCCCUGUACUACUGCAGAGAUAACCACGGAGAUCUGGCCUCCAUCUUGGAUGAACAGAUGCAGACCUUUGCUGAGCUGGAGGCUGAGAAAGCCAACAGUCCCUUCAUGUGGAUCGGACUUCACUACACCUGCACUCUGGACUUCUGGUUCUGGGUUGAUGACAACGUUGUAGAGUUUAAUCGCUGGGAAUCGGAUGGCUAUGAAGAAAGCUGUGACAUGAGUGGAGCCAUGAAGACAGAAGACCGUCGCUGGUUCAGCAAGUCUGAUGAUGAAGAGUUUAAUUUCAUCUGUGCAUCAUAAAAAAAACAACUAUAAUGUGCAGUGAUACAGGCUUUAGCAGUGGGUUUAUUAUGUUCUGGUAAUCAUAAAUAAGACAUUUAUUCAGUUACAUUUACAUAAUAUGUUAUGAUCAGUCAUUCAUUACUUGAGUAGCAUUUUACUAAAUACCUUUAAGCCUUUGAAUUAGUCUUUGAAUGAAUAUUUUUACUUUCACUUUAGUAAGAAUGUGUUGAAGUUGUGAUGCUUACAUCUGUACAACUUUUGGGUCGUCUACCCACCUUUGUAUAUUGCUAAAGUGGCUAUGUAAUGUUUCUAUGCUAACAUCAAAGCCACCCUUAUAAGUCAGAAUUUCUUAAAGAAACACUGAUAUAAUUUAUGCUGUGACUUGCUGAAUAAAGAUUUUGUCUUUAUAUGCAUUUUGCUUUAUAAAUCCAUUUCUUUUUUUCUUUCUUUGGAAAGACGCGAGAACCUCUUGGGAUUAGCAAAACAAUGACUUGAGCCCCCUCUGCAGUAAACUGAGGUGGGCUUGGUAAUUAAAUGUGUUCUCCCAUAAAAAACUAGUAAUAAUUAU